AGACCUCUUUUGGCUCGUUAGCACCACGGUAUUGCCCGUCGGCCGACGUUGUCAUGACGCAGCUCUUCAAGGAAGAGGUUCUGCAGACCAUCCAUGUGAUGGAGGGCGAAGUGGUGAAGACGCUCACCAUCACUAUGAAGAACGGAUCCGUUGAUGUGUUGGAAGGCAGCAACUCUGCCCUCCCACGCAGCAGCUCAGAACCGGACGUGCGCAGGUGGGUCUUACCAGGUGAUGGACCCUCCCAAGCGGACUUGCGCGAGUUGCACAACACACGUCGAUGUGUGCCAUGCCUCUUCUUCACCACGAAGGCCGAUGGCUGCCGAAUGGGCGAGGCUUGUGCUUGGUGCCACUUUUGCACCAGAUCCGAGAUGAAGAGAGAGCAGAAUCGACUUCGGUUCCUGCGGCGGCGCGCCGAGAAGCUGAUGCGUCGAACGGCCGAAGGCACCGCCUAAGCGGCCGCUCUUAGCGGCCGAGAACUGCCGUGCAGAGACUCCGAAAAAAGAGCUUGUGGU